AUGAGUUCCCAAGGAGCUACGCGCAAACGCUCCGCGCCAGGGACAGCACCUGCUGCCCAUAAUAUCGCCCCGAACUACGGAGCCGCGAAUCCCGGCUCCCAACUAUCCAACGACCAAUUUUUGCAAUGGGGCCAAAACACCUCUCCAAAUGCCAUCAAUACGUCCUCCUAUGCUGACCCCUCUACCUACAACCCGGCAGGAUAUGCAGCAUCACAGGAGCUGGCUGGGUCAGGUACUCCGUCUACCCAGUUGACUCGACGUCAACAACCAAAUCAAUUGGUCACUCGGAACCGUGCAUAUGAGCAGCCACCGGCGACAUACCCAGACCAAAAUAAUACGGCCGGGUCGGGUGACUCUGGUGUUUGGGGCGAAAGUCUGGAGGAGCUUUAUCAACGGGCGAUGGCUGCAAAGCAGGACGCACAGGCCAAGCGCAAGCAGAUUCCCCCCCUUCGUACAGAAGCUGAGCAGGUAUGUUUCUUGGAUGAAUCGAAAAAUACCGAUCUGAUUAGAUGGUCCGAUGAUGGCAAUUCCUUCAUUGUGUUAGACGAGGAUGAGUUCGCGAGAACUUUGAUCCCCGAGCUUUUUAAGCACAACAAUUAUGCGUCAUUCGUUCGACAACUCAAUAUCCGAAGAAUGCCUCGGGCCACGGGAGCAAAGGAAGCAAAAGCGGACCUCGAAAUUAAAACCGAGGACGCGGAGGAAAAUGAAGUGGACGAUUUCGGGGAUGAUAACGCCACCAUGCCUCGUGAGACCCGAGCUCGCCCUCAGCAGUUGAGUCUCUCUGCAGACACGCCUAUGCAAAAGGACCAACUGGCAGGAGUCUAUCGCGAGCUCCAGGCAAUUCGUCAGCAGCAGCAGGUCAUAUCGACAACCAUUACGAGACUGCGCAAGGAACAUGAGCAACUCUAUGCUCAAGCAGCCAACUUCCAAGAGCAACACUCUCGCCACGAAAACUCAAUCAAUGCUAUUCUGACUUUCCUUGCAACUGUCUACAAUCGCAGUUUGCAGGGACAAGAAGGACCCCAGAAUAUUGCCAACUCUUUUGCUGGUGCUAUCUCAGGCGACCAGGGUGGCAUUGUUGAUGUCGAUGAUUUCUCUUUGAGUUCCAUGGCUGGCCUCUCCAGUCCAACAGGACAGCGAGGUAUGAAGAAACAGCCAUUAUUGUUGAAAGCUCCCCCGAGGACGGAUGAGACCCGUGCCACUACCCUGUCACCUUCAGCCGGAGGGGUGCCCUACGAGACACGGUCUCGGGGCCAUACCCGUCCCCCAGGCACGCAUAACCCGGGCCACGUGGAGGAGAAUCCGGACCAGAACGACGAGAAUUUCCUCCAGCAGGAUAUCAUGUCCGUCAUUCAAAACUCGAAUGCCCGCAAUGGAAUCCCUACCAAUUUCUCCGAGUUUCCCAACGUGCUUUCUUCUCUUGAGACAUCCGGUGGAAAUGUUCCUUUGACCCCGAACCAGCGUGCGGAUAUGCUUCGGCUCAUGGCAAAUGAGACCAAUCCGUCUGACCCCGGGAACGGGGACUCCUCGAACAAUGCUCUUAUCACGCCCAACCCGCCGCCAAUGCCACAGAACUAUUCCGGUCGCCUGGCAAGCACGCGGAACGAGAUCGACAAUCUGGUGAAGAUGCAAGCUGAGCAAGAUCGCUCAGUUCAAAACCUUACCAAUCUGCUUCAGCCGCUGAGUCCCACUGGCGCUAUUCCCGGCCUCGAUCAAGACGGCAACGUUCCGCCUCCGCCGCUGGACCUGGAUCAAAUUUUUAACGAUGAAUACUUUACCGAUCUUGGCGACCCCAAUGACGACAAGAAAUAUUCUACCCAGGGUCAUGAUCCUUCAACCUACCCACCCGACCCCCAUGCACAAGUCAAUGACGAUACCGAAAAUCUCUUUGACUUCGAUCAUAUCCCUGAUGACGGUGACCUAUUCAAUUCCAAUCAAGGGUCGGACAAUGCGGCAUACAACUACGGCUAUGAAAAUUCGGGAUAUGGAGGAGAGGUCGAGACCCCAAACAACCGCUCCGGCCGUGUGGUCGAGCAGUUGACCGACAGCGAGGCGACCAGUCCCGCCACCAUCCUAGAGGAGAAAACGGGGGAUGCGCCGGAAGACGGCGGGAGCGCCAAGCGGCGCCGGAAGGCAUGA